GCGCCGCCCUUUGUCCCCCGUGUCACCCACCCACGGGCUGGGGUCACACGUGGGUGCCCCUCCCCCAUCUGGGGACACCCCAGGGACCCUCCAGAGCCCCCCCCCUUCGUGGUGAUGCCCUGACGUCAUUGUCCGGGACCCCCUGACGUCACACUUCUGGCCACGCCCCGGUGGGCACCGCCCGGAGUGACACGGCUGGGACCGGCCCGGCGGAGAGACCCGAACCCGCCCGAGGGGACCCGAACCCGCCCGAGGGACCCGAACCGGGAGGAGCCGAACCAGUCCGGAAACACCCGAACCGGCAGCGUCCCGAACCGCGAGGAGCCGAAGCGCUCCGGAGACACCCGAACUUGGACUCGAAGCGGGACCCGAACACUCCCGGAGGGAUCCGAACCCGCCCGGGGGGCCCCCGAACAAGGACCCGAAGCUGUCCGGGGAGACCCGAACCUACCCGAGGGAACUCGGACCCUCCUGAGGGGAGCCGGACCCGCCUGAGGGAACUCGGACCCGCCUGAGGGAAGCCGUGCCGGGAGGAGCAAAACCGCUUCGGAGAAACCCGAACCGUCCCGAAACACCCGAACCGGCAGCGUCCCGUGCUAAGGAACCCCAACCCGCCCGGAGGGGAGCCGAACCGGGACCGUCCCGUCCAUAAGGACCCGAACCGAGCCCCCCAAAACUCCUCCGGAACAACCCGAACCCACCCGGCCCCCGGGAUGCCCCCUCCGUGCCGCCCCCCGUCCCCUCUGCGCUGUGUCCAGGCCCUCAGUGCCCUCCUGGCGCUGGCGCUGGCCGCAGCCCCCGGCUACUGGAUCCCGGGCGAGGGCGACGGCUGCUUGUCCGCCUGGGCCUUGUCCUUCGUCUUCACCACCCUCCUCCUCCUCAACGACGCCUUCCGCCGCCCGCCGCCCCGCCGCGACCUCCCGCUGGCGUUGGCCACCGCCGCCGCCAUGGCUUGUGCCACCGCCACCGUCCUGUGGCCGCUGGGCCACCUCCGGGGACACGAGGGUGGCCAAGGCCGCCCCCGCGCCCUCCGCGCCGCCGCCACGGCCGCCUCGGCCAUCGCCACGCUGGCCUACGCCGCCGAGGUGACCCGCGACCGGGCGCGACCCGGCGAGGCCGCCCCGUACCUGGCCACCCCCUCGGGGCUGCUCAAGGUGGCCGAAGCCUUCCUCGCCCUGCUCCUCCUCGGGCUGUCGGCCGAGCUGGGCGCGGCGUCGGGGCCGGCGGCCGUGCGCUGGUGUCUGGGCAUCUUCUGCGUGUCCUUCGUGCUGGGGGUGCUGCUGGUCGGGGGGUGCCUGCUGGGCUGGG